AUGUUUGCGUACCUUCUCUUGGCUGUUUUCAUGAUCAGCAUUUUGAAAAGAUUCUUUUUCGCAUCUCCAGUCAUGGCCUCCGCAGAAACCAAGUCCAAGGUCCAAGCCUUGAUCAAGAACAAGCCUAUUUUCAUUGCUUCUAAGACAUACUGUCCUUAUUGUACAAAAACCAAGGCUACCGUCAGCUCCAUCACCAAAGACGCUUAUAUUUUGGAGUUGGAUACUGAGAGUGAUGGUGCUGAGAUCCAAGAAGCUUUGUACGAGAUUACUGGACAAAGAACUGUACCUAAUGUGUUCAUUGCUGGAGAGCACAUCGGUGGAAACUCCGAUUUGCAAGCUUUGAACUCUCAGGGCAAGUUGGAGCCAAAGAUCAAGGCUGCUUUGUAG